AGGAACAAUAUUGUAAAUUUAUUAAAGAAUAUAUCACCUUAAAUCACAUGUACGAAAAUAAAAAUCCUGAAAAAGAUAUAUACACUUACCUGUUGCCGCAUCACGGUGUUUGUCGUGAAACCAGUUUAUCUACCAAAUUACGCGUCGUAUUUGAUGCCUCUGCAGUCACGACCUCUGGUCUGUCAUUUAACAAUAUACAAAAUAUCGGUCCAACUGUACAAGAUGACCUCUAUAGUAUUUUAGUUAGAAUGCGCCAACAUAAAUUCAUUGCCACUGCAGACGUGGAAAAAAUGUACCGCAUGAUCUACGUUCACGAAGAUCAGCAUCAGUUGCAACAAAUAUUAUGGCGGUUUGAGCCUUAUGAACAAAUAAAACAAUAUAAGUUAAAAACAGUAACAUACGGUACGGCAUCCGCGCCUUACCUUGCGACUAGAUGUUUAAAACAACUCGGUUUAGAAUGUCCCGAUAAAGUUAUUUCUGAAAUUAUUCAACGCGAUUUUUAUGUUGAUGACCUCAUAACUGGAGCAUCAUCCGAAAAAGAAUUACUACAAAUCUGUAAGGGAGUCAUAAAGCAGUUACAAUCAGGUCAAUUUCAUUUAAGAAAGUGGUAUUCAAACUGUCCUCAUAUCAUUAACGAAAUCGUUAAUGAAAGUGUAAAUGACGGAUUAAUUAACUUGAGUAACAACGAAUAUUCAAAAACAUUGGGUCUCCUUUGGUCGUGCAAAGAAGACAAGUUAAUGUUCGCAGUAAAUAUAAAAGAAAACAAACUCGUUAGUAAGCGUACUAUUUUAUCGAUCAUGUCACAAAUCUUUGACCCAUUAGGCAUAAUUAACCCAUGCAUACUUAACGCAAAAACUAUCUUGCAAAAACUGUGGUCUUUUAAAAUUACAUGGGAUGAGAACGUUCCUGCAGAUAUUGCAAGCUGUUGGCAAAAAUUCAUUGAUUCUUUACUAUAUAUCAACCAUAUACGCGUUCCGAGAUGCAUUGUUUGCGAUGACUCAGCGAUCAUUGAGCUCCAUUCAUUCAGUGACGCAUCGAGUUAUGCGUAUUCGGCUUGUGUUUACGUUAAAUCCGUUUCUUACAAUAAUAACGUUUCUGUUCACUUAUUGACAGCGAAAAGUCGAGUCACUCCAUUGAAACAGACAACUGUACCGCGGCUGGAAUUGUGCGGAGCACUUCUCGCUGCAAAAUUAGUAGAUAAAGUAAAAUCAUCGCUUAGAUUACACAUAAAUAAUUGUAUUUAUUGGUGUGAUUCAACUAUUGUGCUUGGUUGGAUAAAAUCUUCAAAAACUCAUUUAUUAAAGCCGUUUGUUUUUAAUAGAAUUCAAGAGAUUCUUGACAGAAGCGAGUCAUCUGCCUGGCGUUACGUACCCACCAGCGUUAACCCCGCCGAUAUAGGCUCACGAGGGCUAGACGCUAAACAAUUAGAAACUUGUGCAUUAUGGUGGACUGGGCCAGCAUUCCUGGCGCAAGAUGACUCAUCAUGGCCAACCCAACCAACAAGCUAUAAGCAAUCUGAAUUACCAGAAUUUAAGGUUCAAUGUAACUUGUCGACUACUCAAUUAGAUCAUAUCACAUAUUAUUCAAAUUUAUUUAAACAAUUCUCUAGUUUCAACCGAUUACAACGUAUUGUGGCUUACGUUCAAAGGUUCAUUCAUAAUUAUUGUAAUAGGAAAAAUAAGCGUAGUGGUCACCUAACAAUCCAUGAAGCACAGCGUGAACAUUUUUCACAAGAAUAUACGUUAUUGAAAAAUAAUAAAAAUUUACCUAUUAAAAAUUCAUUAUGCAAUUUAAAUCCAUUCUUUAACAAAGCUGACGAACUUAUGCGAGUGGGAGGUAGACUUAAUAACUCUUUUUAUGAUUUUGACACAAAACACCCCAUAUUGCUUUCAUCAAAGCAUCACCUCGCAGAACUCAUAUUCAGACAAUAUCACAUUUGGCUUAUGCACGCUGGUCCACAGUUGCUUUUGGCUACCUUGCGUCACAAAUUUUGGGUUAUUGGGGGCAGAAACUUGGCUCGCAAAACAGUUCAAAGAUGUAUUAAAUGUUGUCGUUUCUCGGGAAGGAUUAUACAACCAAUCAUGGGCAAUCUUCCCGAACAGCGCUUGCAUGCUGAGUUUCCGUUCACCAACACUGCUGUUGACUACGCCGGGCCGGUCAUGAUACUGAACCGUAAGGGAAGAGGAAGUAGAACUAUGAAAUCUUAUCUUUGCAUAUUUGUGUGUUUAGCCGUCAAGGCCGUGCACAUAGAACUUGUGACCGAUCUGAGCAGUGAGUCAUAUUUAGCUGCAUUAAAUAGAUUUAUUGCUCGUAGGGGCAAACCAACAAACAUUUUUUCUGAUAAUGGAACAAAUUUUGUAGGCGCAUGUAACGAAUUAUCUAAAUUCCUUAAACAGAAUUCUGAUACUAUUAAAUCACAAACAUCGAACAUGUCAAUUAACUUUAGAUUUUCACCAGCUUAUAGUCCACAUUUUAACGGAUUAGCUGAGGGUUCGGUUAAAUCAUUUAAACACCACUUGAAGCGAGUAGUAGGUUGUACUAAUUUAACUUAUGAAGAAAUGAAUACGGUUCUUGUACAGAUUGAGGCGAUCUUGAACUCAAGACCCCUCACCCCUAUUUCUUCAGAUCCAUCGGAUCUUACAGCUCUCACACCAUCGCAUUUUUUAAUUGGACGAACAAUAACAUUUCUGCCUACUCCUCAGGUCAAGGAAACUACUGCUGUGCACACUCUUUCCCGAUAUAUGAGAACACAGCAACUGAAAACCCAUUUCUGGAAUAGAUUUCAUAAAGAAUACAUUACAGAACUUCAAAAACGACAGAAAUGGCGCAAAGAUGGAGGACAGCUCAAACUUGGAGAAAUGGUCGUAGUAAAAGAUGAGCGACUGCAUCCCAACCAGUGGCUUCUGGGACGAGUGACUCGCCUCCACCCCGGCUCCGACGGCGUGACCCGCGUGGCUGACGUCCUCACCUCUUCAGGGAUACAACGACGGGCCUUUAACCGACUGUGUCCCCUACCCAUCGAAGAUCAGAACUCCGUUCCUGGGCCGGCAACAUGUUGACGCCUUGUGUGCAAAUUAUUAAUUAUACACACACACACAGGCUCGCGUGGGCUCAUCGGCCGAUCGCCCCUCCCGCCCCGCGCGCCUUAUCCAGCGACCGGCACUCUCAGCUGCGCGGCUUGUGCGAACAGUCGAACACACGCAUUAAUAAUUACAAUUUGUUUGGACUUGUCUUUAUGUAAAUUGCCGAGCACAAAUAUAAACCUUGAACUACCA